UGAGAAUUUAUUUCAAAGUAUAACAUUUACUAGGAAUAGUAAUUAAAAAAAUGAAGAAAUAUAUUUGACACAAUAAAAUUUUGCAAUUCUCUUUGAACAAAAACUCUUCUCUUUUCUUCAUCUCCUCAUACGGGCGGCUAGGUGACUCAACAUUUUGGCAUUUUCAAUCGAAUUUCUGUUUUCAUGGAUUCACAGUCUGAUUCGCAAGUUAUAAGGAGGAGAAAAGGACCGGCGUUUGAAUAUUUGGUUCCGCUUAUUUAUGCACCGGCUCUUCCUCUAAUUAGGAUAGCACUGAGGCACAAGCCAGUUCUUAGGGAUCGUUUGUUCUAUGGUGUCUUGGCUGGUGCAUUUGCUCAUGGAACUUAUUUAGUUACAGAUCUAUAUGAUUCUGAGAGCAAGUGAUGGAUAUUCUGACCUGGAGAUACCUCUACUACAGCAAUUUUCCCUGUGCUCAAACAAGAUGCAACUUGAUAUUCUGAUGACAUUUCUUAUACUACUGUAUUUUCAUGCGAUCGUGCUUCUAUCCUUUGGUGAGGGGUAGACUAAAUACACAUUUAAACAUUUUGCUCUUUUGAAUCAUUACUUUGUUUGAGAAUGUUUCUGAAACAUAUGUAGCUGUUGUAACCAAGGAAUCCCCGUAGUUGCUCAAGUUUUCAUCGAUAGGUUCCCUUAAAUUCGAAUGAUCUACCAUAUCUGUAAUGCAUUUCUUAAUUUUUUUUUAGUUUGGGUGCACAUGACACACCUUAGA